AGUCACUUCCCGUUUUAGACGAGAAUUGCGGAAUUUGGGAUGCAGAACUGAGCCGAGAAAAGCCGGUUGUUUCCAGUCGGCGUGUUUUUCUUAACGUACCAGUAUCGCCCUGCGACCAAAUAAAAGAAAACAUUGUCAGAUUAUGGAGUUUGCAGAGCUGAUAAAGACACCCAGGGUGGACGGGGUUGUCCUACACAGGCCUUUCAUGCCUACUGUGGAGGGGACUCUGUGUUUGACUGGUCAUCACCUGAUUCUCUCCUCCAGACAGGACAACACGGAGGAGCUGUGGCUGCUUCAUUCAAACAUUGACUCGAUAGAGAAGAGAUUUGUGGGGUCUUUGGGGCACAUCACUGUCAAAUGCAAAGACUUGAGAAUGAUUCAGCUUGAAAUCACUGGUAUGGAGGAGUGUCUCAACAUUGCCAGUUCUAUCGAGGCUCUGUCGACUCUUGAUUCAGUCUCCCUGAUGUACCCUUUCUUCUACCGGCCUAUGUUUGAAGUCAUAGAGGAUGGAUGGAAUUCAUUUCUUCCCCAGAAUGCCUUUAAAGAUUUGGAGUCCAUGACAGAUGAGUGGAGGCUGAGUGAGGUCAACAAAGACUUCAGCUUGUGUCCGUCAUACCCCCCACUAGUAGCAGUACCCAAAGAUGUUGAUGAUGAAACGCUGAAGAAAGUAGCUACUUUCCGUCACGGUGGCCGUUUUCCAGUACUUAGCUACUAUCACAAGAAGAACGGCAUGGUGAUGAUGCGAGCAGGACAGCCACUGACAGGCACCAAUGGGCGACGGUGUAAGGAGGACGAGAAGCUGAUCAACGCCACUCUGCGGCCAGGAAAGCGUGGUUACAUCAUUGAUACACGCGCUAUCAAUGUUGCUCAGCAGGCCAAAGCCCGAGGUGGAGGGUUUGAGUUGGAGGCCAACUACCCACAGUGGAGGAGGAUCCACAAGGCCAUUGAAAGGUAUAAUGUCCUUCAGGAGAGCCUGAUUAAGUUGGUGGAGGCAUGUAACGACCAGUCCCACAGCAUGGACCGCUGGUUAAGCAAGUUGGAGGCUUCCAACUGGCAAACUAAUGUCAAAGAGAUCCUCACCACUGCCUGCUUGGCUGCCCAGUGUAUUGACAGGGAGGGAGCGUCAGUGCUUGUUCACGGUACAGAAGGGACAGACUCCACCCUGCAGGUCACCUCCUUGGCUCAGAUCAUCCUGGAUCCCGGCUGCAGGACCAUUAAAGGCUUUCAAAGCCUGGUAGAGCGGGAGUGGCUCCAGGCUGGUCACCCUUUCCAGCAGCGCUGUGCCCAGUCUGCCUUCUCCAACAGCAAGCCUCGCUAUGAGGCCCCUGUCUUUCUUCUCUUCCUGGACUGUGUGUGGCAGAUCCUUCGCCAGUUUCCCUGCUCCUUUGAAUUCAACGAGAGUUUCUUGGUACUGCUCUUCGAACACGCCUACGCAUCUCAGUUUGGGACGUUCUUGGGCAACAGUGCAGCUGAGAGAGCCAGACUGUGCUUGCCUGAAAAAACUGUGUCCCUUUGGUCAUGGGUGAAUCGGCCCCAGGAGCUGGAGCGUCUGACCAACCCACUUUACGAGCCCAACAGUCUUGUGAUCUGGCCCUCUGUGGCCCCUCAGAGUCUGCUGCUGUGGGAAGGAGUGUUCCUUCGUUGGAACCGCUCCUCCAAGUGUCUGGAUGAGGCCUAUGAGGAAAUGGUUCAUAUAAUUGAGUACAACAAGGAGCUUCAGACCAAAGUAAACAGCCUGCGCAGGCAGCUGGCCCAGCUUGAAACUGAAGACCCUCUGCUGCAUACGCCAUAGAGAGAGAGAGAGAGAGAGAGAGAGAGAGAGAGACCUCUAAAAGUAAACAAGGUGGUACAUACAAACAAUCACAGACAUCCCAGCUUUAGCCUUAAACUUUUUUCUUCCCCUUUUUAAAACAUAAUGUAAGAAAACAACAUUAUUGUCAAGUUAUUCUUUAGAGAAUGAACGCGACUAAAUGAACUUCAAUUUUGACACUUUAAUGAAAAACAUUUCUAUCAUGGUGACUCAUUGCAAACUACACUCAAGUAAGAGGAAAACAUUUAGAAACAAAAGCGCCAUCCUCAUUAGCCAUUUCUCAGAAUGCAGAUAAAAGCUAAACCUCCCUUAUCUCACUGUGGUCUAAUAUCAGCGUACAGCCAGACCUCCACAUGCCUACUGCUCAUUCCUAUAGAUUGUGCUGUGACUGGGCGGCUGAUUUCACUGUUGCCAAGCCUCUUCAAACACCCACACUCGUACUUGGCGGCUUCCAUUUCUAUACACACGAUGUGUAAAAACGACAUUGUGGACCCUUCUGUGCUUCUCAGCACUGAUCUUGUGUAGUAGAGGAUUAAAGGGGCAUUUUAAGGACAGCUGGAAAAUAAAGUGUCUCAUUUGCUACAGGGUUCACAUAUUCCAUAAAAGUUGUGCUGAAUGUGCACACCAUUAGACCGCUGCAGAGUAACUAUGGCAACAUAUAGGGUGCUGUAAUUCAGCAUGUGCUUUUGCUGCACAUUGAGAUGACAUACUAAGCGUAGGUAGGGUCAGGCCAGUGAGGAGGGAGGUUUGUAUAAUAUGUAAAAUAUCAGAUCAGUGCUUGACAUUCCAGUGAGUAUCACAGCCAGAAUUUACACAAACGAUUUGAUGUAACCACAUCUAACAAUAGGUUAGGUUGCUGAGCAUCUCUGA